CGACUUAUGGAAAGGGAUUAUGCUCGGAUAGAAGCAUUGGAUCCUGUCAUACAAUUCCAAGACCCAAGUCCACAAAUCGAUUAUCGUACUUCAAAGUCUCUAUUAUCACAAAUACUGAUACCCAGACCGCCAGACACGAAAGAGAAUGCCAAAGUACGAGAAGCAUUACUUGCUCCAUUUCGCAAUAAACCCGGUUGGACGAUCGAAGAACAUAAAUUCCAAACCGAUACACCACAAGGAAAGAAAACGAUGACAAAUUUAAUCGUUACCUAUAACGUUGACGCACCGCGUAAAUUGGUCUUAGCAGCUCAUCAUGACAGUAAAGUAUCACCAAAAGGCUUUGUAGGUGCAACGGAUAGCGCAGUUCCAUGUGCGAUCAUUGUAGAUGUUGCAUUAGCAGUGGGACAUAUGUUGGAACAACAGACAAGCGGACAUGAAAGGGGAAGAGAGACAGGGUUACAACUCCUCUUCUUUGACGGAGAAGAGGCUUAUGUACAAUGGACGCACAAAGACAGCUUAUAUGGAAGUAGGGCCUUAGCCGAUGGAUGGACGAAAUCCUUCUUUAGUCCAAAGCUGGUCAAACGGAGAACUACGCCAGGUUAUGCGAAUAUGCGUUUGAUCGAUUCGAUUGAUCAAUUCAUUCUUUUGGACCUUUUGGGAACGCCAAAACCUCAUAUACCUCCUUAUUACACUUCCACCAGAUGGAUGUGGGAUGAACUUCGAGAUAUAGAAAGUCGUUUGGCCAAGACUGGUGCUUUGUAUCCAAAAGAUGAACGUAGAGCGAGUUUUUUUUCAGAAAUUCAUAUGGGUUUUGGAGGAAUUGAUGAUGAUCAUAGACCAUUUCUGCAGAAUGGAGUGCCAAUUUUGCAUUUGAUCGCGAGUCCUUUUCCGUCUGUUUGGCAUACGAUGGGAGAUGAUGCGUCUGCAUUGGAUUAUCCCACCAUUUAUGCUUGGACGAUGAUCAUGAGAGUUUUUGUGGCGGAAUAUUUUGGAGUGCAAGCGGGACAAAUCAAAUCAAAAAGA